AGCUGUUGUGUAGGCAGACAGCCAGUUAGCCACUUAGCUCGGUUAGAGAGGUGGGAUUUCUCCGGAGCAAAGGCGCAGAAUUUGCGAGCAAGUUCACACGAAGAGUUUCGCAGUCCAAGCUUAACUUACGGACUCCACGUUUAAAGCGCCAUGUCUGACACAGAUCCCAAAUCAGCUCAGGAUCUUACGGCCGUGGUGCAGAGUUUACUGCAGCAGAUGCAGGACAAGUUCCAGACCAUGUCAGACCAAAUUAUUGGGAGAAUUGAUGAGAUGAGUACACGAAUUGAUGACCUGGAGAAGAAUAUUUCAGACCUCAUGACUCAGGCAGGUGUGGAGGAGACAGAGGGAGAGAACAGAGCCACUGAUGCAUCGGGAACAGCUUGAUGAAGCUCACCAAGUAACACAAAGAAGACUUCCCAUAGGAGUGGCUGAAUUCUCAUAAAAAUAAUUGUGUGUAUGUAUGGGUGUAUAUAUUUUUGGGUUUUUUUGGGAGAGUGUUGUUUGCCAUAUGUGUAAGGUGUGUUUGGUACUGGAGAAAUGUAUUACCUGUUAACAACUUCCUUUAAUACUUUCAUUAUUUUUUUUUGGCAAAACCCUCUGCAGUUUAGGAUGUGCAUGCCCCGGUUUAGAACUUUAGAAUGGCAGUGGGUUUUGCACUUCCAGUAUGUUUGCUGUACAUUCACAAAUUACUGUCCACGUGCCAUUAAAACCAGCCAGUUAGUUCCAACCACUUUGCUGAGAUUGUGGAAGUGAGAGAGGCAGAGGCUUCCCACACCACCCCUGACUGGAAAGGAACAGACACACCUUUUUACCAGCAGCCUUCCUCUGUAGCAGUAAAGCAGUGUUUUAUUAUACAGGCUGCUGUUGUUAUUGUUAUAACAUUGCAGGCAUGUUGUUUCAAAGCGUCCCCUCACUGGUCAAAUAUUGAACUAUGCAAACAGAUUAAAAGCUAAAUUAAUCAAAGCAAAUUUUAAGAUAAUUGAUGCAUUUGAUUAUUCUACAAAAUAAUAGAAUAAUCUAUCCUAGUGUAACAGGAGUGAAAAGUUUAUUGAAUAUAUAUAUAAUAAAACACGCAAACGGGGGAGAGAGAGAGUGUGUGUUUGUGCUAGGCUAUUUAUAAAUAAAUAAAAAUGGUCUAAGAUACAGUUUAAAAAGGGCUGGGUUGAGAAAUUAGAACUGGAACGAUGCAGGUGCUCACAGCACCUGCAGUUUAAGUCACAUUCUGGAAGUGUAAAACCCACCGUGGACACUUAUCUGUAUAACUAGAUGGCCUUUUAUCAUUCCUUACUAUUAUGUGGUCGGUAUUGGUGCUGUUUGAAUGUUACGUCAGUUUUGCGAGUGUCCCACUUAAAUGUCAGUGUAACGUGUGAUGCCGUGGGCGCCUGUCUCAAGGCCUUUUUAAGGUCUGCUGACUCUUCUUGACUAUAUUUGUCUUGCACUGCGUAAUCCUUCUUGCUGCAUUUAAUGCAAAGAUAAAUAACAAAAACCUGGAACAUGGAUAACAGCCUGAUCUACUGUGACUUAGCACUCAUUUCCAACUUAUUUACUGGUGCUAUUCCUGAGAGAUUUUCUGAUGGGCUGCAUGAAACCAGUAGUAGAAACAGAGCUUGGAUUGAUAAAAGUUAAUAAACUCACUCUAAUGCCCAGUAUGAUUACUGUAUUCAAAAGUUUUAAAAAAGACCAAUGGAAUAAAUAAAAAUGAUAAGGAUAAAAGAGUAACAAUGUUUUAAACAUUUUUAUUGAGGUAAUUAGUGUCAAUGGAUCAUAAUAGGAUAAUGAAAAAUCUACAUUGUGGUAGCAACCAUCACAAAACACAUCAAAGCAUAUCGAGAUACUUUCAGCAGACUCUAUUAUAUAUUGUAGAGCUUUGAUAUUAACCCUAGAAACGUACCAUCUUCAUGAUACACUAGUUCAUAAAUAUUUGGUUUAGAUCUAGUAACUCACCUCUAAUUUAAGUGGAUGAUGAAUCAAUGAUUUAGUAAAGUAUUUUACUAGAUAAAAUGUAUGACCUGAUUUCUGUUUGUUUCUGAAUGUGCAAAUUAUAGUUACUGCAAUUUUAUAAUAGACUUUUAAGAAAGAAUGUUGCCCUUGGAUUUCUUUUUAGGAGUCAAGGGCUUUGUAAAUGUGCUUUGACAAUGCUCAUUGUAAAAAGACUAUACAAAUAAAGCUGAAUUGAAGUGCAUACUGUAAGUUCAUGUGAUCUAGGUUUUAAGUAAGGGCAUAAUACCAUCUGAGGUGCCUGUAUGUAAAUUAGAUUGUGUGCCCCUUGAAUAAUAAGGAACACUGUAAUCCUGUUAGUGGAUCUCUCAGGAUUUGAUUCUGUUUACAUUAGUAACAAUACAUGUAAGAUAGCCUCCACUUUUAUACAAAUGGCAGCAUGUAUACCUGAACUUUCUGUGGAUUUGGUCUCUUUGACUUAUAGGUUGCAUGUAUAUAGUCUACAAAAUUCACAGAUUUUUAAUGCAAGCUAAAUACACAUUGUUGAGGUAAGACACUAUGCCUAAAGACCAACUUAAGUGGACCUCUUACUGAAUAGUAGCAAUCUCUGCAAAUUAAAUGAUUAGGUAUAGCAUUUUAAGUUGCCACAUUAUAUAAAGCUCAUAAUGAUUGGUAACCUCUGACACUCAGAAUCAAACUGGGCAUUUUUAAACAGAAAUUGAUGCUGUUUUAUGUAUAAAAGCAUGAGAAUUAUGUAGUUGUAUUUAUAAUCUCAUUACUUAGCUAGUGAUGUAAUUGAAUGCUUGAGCAAUGUUUCUGGAACCUGUUCAUACUAUCCUUAAUAGUAUACUUCUCUUAAUCACAGGUGCUACUUAAACAUGCUGGGUUUUUAUAGUGUGGGUUGAGAAAUAAUUAUUGAUGUUAUACAGCUGUACUGCAGAAUUACCUCCAUAUACUAUACAUUUUUUGAAAAAUAUUGUGAUCAUGUCACAAGUACAUUUUAUUCUUGAAUCUUACAAUUUUACUUUUUUUUUUUUUUGCACUUUCAUCUGGAGUUGUAGUAGUUUAUGAAAUCCAUGUAGGAUUCACUGUUUAUGUAAUAUUUAUCUUAGUGUAUCUAAUUUGCAGUGUAUAAUCGUAUGGUGAUGUGUAAUAAUGUGACCAUACUUUAGCCUGUUAAGAUGUGUCAUAGUUUCUUUGUGACUGUGACAUUGUUUUUUCAUUGUAUAAUGUUUCACCCAGUCAUCACAUGAUUUUCAAUAAAGUGCUCAAUCUGUGUUUCAUCAGUCA